AUGCUACUGGCGUCGAAAUUGACAUCUCAUGGUAUUGUGUCAUUCUCGGAAGACGGCGAGAGAAUCGCAGAGCAGGAUUCUUUGAUCGCAUCUCUACGUUCGGAAUACCAGAAUCUCAGCGGCACGAAAUCAGAUAUCGAACAGGACCACACGACCGCUCUCGAAAUCCAGCAGGCGAAUGCUGGUCGGCAAUUCAUGAGCUGUCAAGAGAUGGGAUCAGGAGCCAGCAUCUGGUUUGAAGCCCACUUCUUCGACAUAAGUGGGAUCAAGUACGAGCGUGCUGCAACGAGAUAUGAGACGCGCGCCAUACGUGGACACUACACACGCUGUCGGGUAUCGUAUGCAAUGCUGUCGAAAACUACUUCCAUAGAAUACUCGACGGCAUCAGAACUCACACGGCGCAACUGCCCCCGCGCGACUCGAAAUCUCCCUCUUUCACUCACGCCCGAUGCUCUUGAUUUCUGUUCGGUUCUCAACAAUAGGAAGCACAAGACCGCUCUUCAUUGUCGCAUGUGGAGCAAACGCAUGAAUCUGGCCUAUUUAGGAAGGAAGUGCUGCUCGUUCACCAGUAGCAGAGGCGCUUCCGACGCUUCUGCCCAAUCUUGGGCCGAGCUUGAUCAAUAUCAAUCCAAUCCAGAGCGGCAAGGACUUUGGCGAAGCGACGAUGAGAAUGCCAGCAAUACUCGUACAGAACUUGCGGUCCUAGAAGCAAGGUCGCCAUGGGCGGAACUCGCACGCGCCAUGCAAGAGCAAUCAGCAUCGAUGCAGAACUCCACUUCGGGGAGCUCUGGAGCUUUCAACUCGCUGCAGGCACAAGCAACGCCUCAGGCCGACUUUGGCUGGGAAUUUGCAGCAGAAAGCAAGACUUACGAAGCACAGCAACAUUUCGAAGCACAGCAAGAUUUCGAAGAGCCGUCAGAAAUCACAUAUACACAAGAUCAGCCUGCUGCUAUUCAGGGACCUGCCAUGAACUUCCCAUUCGGCACCCAACUUGGCCAGCACUCCCUCCGGCCGGAAGCCAUCACCCAAACGUGGACCAAUUCCUCGAUGCCUCUCCUUCCAUAUAAUGUAAACGCGCAACUCCCUUUGCCGCCAUUCGAUCCCUCUCUCGCAGGUUCUUCACUUACCAGCUCACCUUCGGCCAACUUGCCACGCUCACUGCCUUCGCUACCAGCCCUGUCCUCAAGGAAAGCUCGACGAGGAGGAAAAGGUGAGCCAAUGCAACAAUCCACAUCGGCAGCUUCCAUUCAGAACAGCCAAGUAAGCGUGCGCAAGAUCAGCGGUCCUCGCCACAGUAGGGCCAAGGAUGACUACUCAGUGGAGGCCUUCCGUGGGCUCACCGCGGCUGAGAUCCUGCUCGGCGGCAAGGAUGGGAUUAGGAUCCAAUCUCACGACAUUGAUGGACCAGUGAUCCUCAAAGUGGCUGAGUGCUUCACGAACGAAGAGAUACAUUACUUUAUCAACCGUCUACGAGACCAAGAACGAUUAGAGGCGCAGUCCUACGGCUCGACCACUAAGCGCAUUACCAACUCGCUCAAGGCCUGCGCGCGGGGUGAUGGUUACACUUCGAAGGCAGACUUGGAUGAGUUCGUCCAGGUUUGGCGUGACCUACGCGUCGAGGAGUUUGCCAAAAUUGGCAAGACUGGGAACGCUGUGAUUCCCAGAAAUUUGUUUUUCAACGCACCAGCACCUGUCGAUCCAUGGGCGGCAUUCUUCUCACAAGUGCCAUUCAAUCCACAACUACCAUUCGACCCACAACUACCAUUCGGCCAAGAUCUGCCAUUCGACCAACUUACCUCAGAGCAAUUCACCCACCCAUCGACGCUGUAUCCUCAGCCGGCAAGUCUGACUGGUUCUAACUCCUUUCCGGCUGGCUUACUGAGCACAUCGUCUCCACUGGCACCUCAGCCAUCCAAUCUCACGCGGCUGACAGAGCGCGGUGAGCCGACGCGACGGUCCACCUCAAACGCCUCGUCUCAUAGCAAAAAGGCAAGCAGAGUCAGAGCGAAUGGGUCCAAGCGCUACCCCCGGCAUCUCAGAGACACGGACGACUACAAGGUGGAGGCGUUCGAUCAGCUCACCGCCACUGAGAUUCUUAAUGGUGGAAAUAGGAGAGUCAGGGUACGAUCUCAUGAGAUUGAUGGUCCUGCUAUCAUCAAGGUGGCCCUUGAGCUCUCCAACGAGCAAAUCUAUGCUUACGUCAAUCGCCUCCUAUGCCAGGAAGGGUUCGAGCCGAAGGAGCGUACGAACGGGCUCAACAUGAUCACGAAGCGUAUCUCGAACUCUCUCAAGGACUGGACCGCGAAGGAAGGCUUUGUGUCCGCGGCAGAGGCGAACAAGUUCAUGGAGGAUUGGCGGGAGCUUCGCAUUCGGAAGAUGGCCGGAAUCGGCAUCACUGGCAACGCGAUCAACCCCCGAAACCCGCAGAAGAUGAGCGCCAAUGCCAAGGGCCGACAGUCGAAGCCCAGAACUGGCCUUGCACCGGCUCAGUAG